AUGUUCAACCGUCUGCUCUCGAUCUUCUUGCUCGUAGCCAGCCUACUUGCACUCGUACAGUGCGAACAGCUCGAUGGCUUCCCAUACCGGCGAGAGGUUACGGUCAUGCCCGAGGCAUUCAGGAGCAUGAACCAUCUCACAAGGAGGGACACAUGUGCAGGAGUCACUUGCCCAUCGGGAUACCGCAAAGUCUCCUACAAGGCAGCGACUGAGAAAGUGUGCAACUGCAUUCCAAGCCAAACUUGUAAAUCGGGAUGUGCCGAUUUCGCCGAGAACUGUGCACCUCCCUACAAGCCGAAAUGCAACGAACAGACGGGAAAAUGUGCUUGUCAUUAA